CAAGGGCAGAUUAAUACUUCCUCUUUGGCACAUCGCCAACUUCUCUCCCCUCCAUCAUUUUGCCAAAGCCCACAAGAGCAAGUGAGGGGGCAGUGGAAGCCCACAUCAAUGGCCAUCAAGAUCGCUUUUUGCUGAUGCUUUCUGCGCCGUCGCCUCGUUUCCUCCGCUCGACCGAUCGAAAUUUGUCUCCUUUGAUCGGUUGUUGAGUUGUCGUUGUGUUUUCUCGGUGUUCUUUUUUUGUUUCUUUAAGCGAAAUCGAAUGGCUGCCGUGGCCGAGAAGGCGAUCGGGUCCGAUGAACAGUUGCUCCAUCGCAAAUCGCCGCCAUCGGCAGCGAAGGCAGCGGAGGAAUCGGAUAGGGAUUACAAGAGGAACGUGAAGAGGCUGGUCGAUUUGCUCUCCAAAUUAAACCCCUUCGCCAAGGAGUUCGUCCCUUCCUCUCACGCUGAUGUCGCUGGCGAAGGCCGCCACUGCAAAUCUAACAGCCAGCUCUCUGCGGAUGCCCCCGUUUUCGUGGCGUCGAGUGAUUACUAUUAUAAUUAUGGACUGAUUAGUAAUACUGGUAGUAGAAAGGAUUCUAGCGGCGACGGAUCAUCGAAUAAUCAGCCUAAUCGUAGAAGAAGAAAUGGUUUUAGCCAGGGAAAGAAGAGGCCGAACUAUAGGCAUCGAGGAGCUAAAAGGGAUGAUAGCAUUAAGCGAACAGUAUAUGUAUCUGAUAUUGAUCAUCUUGUAACUGAACAGAAGCUUGCUGGUAUAUUUUCUACUUUUGGACCAGUGGUUGAUUGUAGAAUUUGUGGCGAUCCUAAUUCAACUCUUCGAUUUGCAUUUAUAGAGUUCACUUAUGAGGGUAAGUUUAACUAUUAUGCAUUGCCUUCUUGGGCAUUCAUGUGUCACGCACCUAAUGCCCUCAAGUUCCAUUUUUCUCUCAUAGAUGGUGCAAGAGCAGCAUUGAAUCUUGGUGGGGCCAUGCUAGGUUAUUUUGUUAGAGUCUUACCUUCAAAGACUGCAAUCCUGCCAGUGAAUCCAAAAUUUCUUCCUAUUUCAGAUGUUGAAAAGGAAAUGGUCGUGAGGACAGUCUAUUGUACAAACAUUGAUAAGAAGGUUACUGAAGCAGAUGUCAAAAGUUUCUUUGAACGACUCUGUGGUGAGGUUUCUCGAUUGAGACUUCUUGGUGAUAGUGUACACUCAACAUGCAUUGCAUUUGUAGAGUUUGUUCAGGCAGAAAGUGCCAUUGUUGCUCUGAACUGCAGCGGCAUGCUUUUAGGAGCUCUUCCUGUCAGGGUGAGUCCUUCGAAGACACCAGUAAGGCCGCAUGCAAUGCAAGCCACUUCAAAUUGAUUCAUCAUCCGCGACAUCUGAGAAACACUUUUCUGGUCCUUCACUUAUUUAUUUGUUUCUUCUUUCAUGAGUAAACUUUGUGAAGCUCAAAUGGUUGGAUUAGAACUUAUAGCUGUUGCUCUGCAACUGCUACACUUCGAUUUUUUUGUUUAUUUUCGUUUUUGUUUUUGGAUCUAGGGGAGGGUCAGUGAACCUCUCUGUAGUUGAUCUUAUUUCUUUGAUAGAUUGCUGAAUUUUUGGUUGAAUGAAUUUAGUGAGAUACUUAUGCUUCUAA